UAAGUGAUAACAAGAAGUAAAGAGAAUGAAAUCUCUAACAAUCCACACCCUAAUCAUCACUGUUUUCUUCUCUACAAUCCCAACAUCAUUUGCAUCACCACCAAGACUCGAAGACGUUUUCUCACAGUGCACCACAGAUUUUAAACCCUCAAAUCCAAAUUUCCCAAUACAAAACUUCACAUACACUCAACAAGACCCUAGUUUCCUCACAAUCCUCAACAACUACGUCCGUAACCUCCGUUACUUCAACAACACGACACGUAAACCCGUCGCGAUCAUAGCAGCCGCCGACGUAACUCACAUCCAGGCCACGAUCACCUGCGCCAAAAGACUCAGCCUCCAGCUCCGUAUCCGAAGUGGAGGCCACGACUAUGAUGGGAUGUCGUAUUUAUCAACAGUCGAGUUCGUCGUCCUAGACAUGUUCAACCUCCGUUCUAUCGAGUUUGAUCCUAAACUCGACACCGCGUGGGUCCAAUCCGGUGCUACACUUGGAGAGAUCUACUACGGAGUUGCCAACAAAAGCAACGAUCUCCGUGGAUUUCCUGCCGGAGUAUGCCCCGGUUUAGGCGCUGGUGGACAUUUUAGCGGUGGCGGUUACGGAAACAUGAUGAGAAAGUACGGUUUAUCGAUCGAUAACAUUAUAGACGCAAAGAUCGUUGAUGCUAAGGGUAGAGUGUUGGACCGUAGCUCGAUGGGAGAAGAUCUUUUUUGGGCCUUACGUGGCGGUGGGGCCGCUAGUUUCUGUGUUGUCUUAGCCUGGAAGAUCAAGCUUAUUCCGGUUCCAGGAAAGGUCACAGUCUUUAACGUGGAAACUGUCGGAAACAGAGGAGGCGUGAACACCACGGAACUUGUAUUGAAAUGGCAAGAGAUCGCAGACAAGAUCGACAACAAUCUGUUCAUAAGGUUAACUUUAAGCACAAGCAACAAAACUGUGAAGGCUUCAUUCAUGGGAAUGUUCCUCGGAGAUUCGACAAAGCUUCUAGAAACCAUGAACACGGAUUUCCCGGCGCUUGGUCUGAACAAAACAGAGUGUCUAGAAAUGAAAUGGAUCGAAUCGGUUCUGUUCUGGCUAAGUAUCCCACCCGGUACAGCACCGACAUCGGUUAUGCUAAACCGUAUCCCGCAAAAGCAAAUCUACCUCAAGAGAAAAUCCGAUUACGUCCAAAAACCGAUAUCAAGAACCGGUUUGGAUGCGAUAUUCAAGGUUCUGUUAGAGAACGAGAACGUGACAAUGGCUUGGAACCCGUACGGAGGGAGGAUGAGUGAGAUUCCAUCGACGGAAACAGCGUUCCCGUACCGAGCAGGGAACAUGUUCAAGAUUCAGUACGCAGCGAACUGGUUGGUGCAAGGGGAAGCAGUGGCUAACGAAUGCUUGAGCCAGACGGAAAGAGUGUUCGAGGCAAUGAGCCCUUACGUGUCAAAGAAUCCACGAGAGGCGUUUUUGAACUAUAGGGACGUUGACAUUGGAACGAGCUUGAACUCGACGUACGAGGAAGGUAAAGUGUAUGGGGUGAAGUAUUUUAAGAACAACUUCGAGAGAUUGGUUAAGGUCAAGAGCAGAGUUGAUCCCGAUAACUUUUUCCGGUACGAGCAGAGCAUUCCUGUGCUCUCUAGUCACUAGAAAUUACCUAGAGACACAUUCUUGC